AUGGCGCCGCGGGAAAAGUCGAAAUCUCAUUGGACAGACGCAGCACAAAGAAUUCCACCGACAUCGCGGCCUAGCAGCGCAUUGAAUGGCGGAGCACUGUAUGAUGGCGAGUACUCCAUCGGACCCGAGUCAUUGGGUGAGCUGCCAUUUUACAGAAGGCUAGCCCUGGUAGCGGAUGGCCAUCUCUUCGCUAAACGAAAACCCGACGUAACUCUGUUCGAUAUUGAGCUUGCAACUUUGCAGAGGAUGGUGAUCCAUGACCUACAGCACCAGCUAGUGGCACUGGUGAAAAGGAUUCGUGACCGGCAAGAUACCGGGGAGCGAGAGAUGAACGAAGCCAAGAAGCUAUUGGAAGACUACUCCACCGCCACCCGCAACUAUGACUUCAUGCUCAUCAAGAAAGCCGCUGCGAAAUCCACUGGCAGACAAGACGCCUUUCGCAUUACAUCCGAGGAGCGGCUGGGCUUUAUCCUCAUGAAGCGCGCAGGACUUGUGCCGAGCCAAGCAGACUUGGAACUCCUUCAAGGUAACAUCGAUCAGGAGACCGACUGGGAUUCUCAAGGGAGGCGAAACAUCCUCCCAGGAGACUCACGUGGACAGCUGCUCGAACACAUGGACCUGAUGGCCUUCUAUCAACGAGCGAGCAUGGGCUUGCUCGGAGGAUUUGCGCUGAUUGUGCCAAUGCUAAUAAUGGUGCUUAAAAAUGACCUUUUGACAACGUUGAUUGUAACCAGUGCUUCUACGGUUAUCUUUGCUGGUGUAUUAGCGAUAUUCGGGCGCGAGCUUAAAGGGGAGACGGUCUUGGCCUCGGUGGCGGCGUAUGCUGCUGUUUUGGUUGUUUUUAUCGGAGCCAAGUCUUGA